AUGGCAGCAACUCCCCAGCCGCCAGGCAGCUCCUCCACGGGCGCCUCGUGGGACAAGAGCCCUAUGUGUCAGGAUGUAUUUAAAAUUCAAGUGUUCGUCCCUGGAUGCUCGACGUGGUACACGGCCGACGUGAAGAAAACCGACCCAACAACGUUCAACGACGUCGGCGACCCCCGCAUUCGUGCGUCGGCCGCUGCAGAUGAGUUGCGUGAGCGAUUCAGUGUGUUCAGGGACGCCCCGUCGAUCAACAUCUGGAAAUGCACUGCGGAAGCUGCUCGUGGCGAACCGCUGAAUCACGACAAGGACACUGUGUAUUACUUAGCGUGGUUGCUCGCCAAGACAGGCAACGCUGGCUUUGAGGAAGUGAACAAGGAGGAAGUCGCCAAUGACGACGUAGACUCCCGCCUUCGAUGGGGGAAGUAUAAGCAGCCAUCAGAUCAGAACAGCAUGAUGAGGGUCCUUGUUUACGUGGAACCAUGCAAUGCGUGGGAAACGGUGUGGAUUCAUACCAAAGAAGUUUCAACUAAUGGAAAAUAUUAUACGAUGGUCGAUGACUUGAAGAGCGUGGUGUUGUCUUGCAUCAGUGUCAACGCUAAGAAAGGCAUCAACGUGCCACUGCCCGAGAAGAUGAAGUCCAAGUUGGAGGUCAGGCAUUCGCAGGGGAGCUUCGCCAAGGGCGAGAAUCUUCCAGAUAACCAGAAGAUCGUGGAGAACAAAUGGUAUUAUGUCACGGCCAAGGGAGUGCAACGCAUGUUGGACGAGUACGACAAUGAUGAUUCGCUGGUCGAGGCUUCAGCAGGCACUCCGGCAGCAGAAUCGGCCAACACCGAAAGCAAUGGCAUCAACAAGGAAUUCCUGGCUGAAUUGGCCACGAAGUUCGAGAAGCUCGUCAACCACGAAGUGUUCCGAGAUCUACGGGGCGCGGGCGCCCUAGGCAUGCAGACCGACGAGGCCGACAAGGGCGGCGAGGGCGACUCGCAUGAGACACCCCCCAAGCGCGCCCGCGCGACGGAGAAGCAGCCGGUUGUCACGUCGACUCAGAAGCACGGCAUGCAGGCGGCGUUUGAUCUCGAGGAAUACAAGGCCGCAAUGAAGGCGCAUGGGACCUACCGCUGCGCGGGCAACGAGCUGCGGCUAGACUUGUGGUUCACUGCGCAGCCAGGAGUUCCUUGCAACGAGGCCAGCAUCUACCAGCUCGCCGAGAACAGCUUCUCUGAGCUUAACCAGUGGACGGGUGCAAACGUGGUGCUUGUCUCGGACCUGAGCUACAAUCCGAUGGAGCACCAGGGGGCCCUGCGCAGGCUCUCGCCUGAGGAGGUGAACUUCGCGCGCGUGAUUGGGAUUUGCAACGCCAUAGACAACGGCGCCUCCCACGAGAAGCUCUUGAGCUUCAAGGUGGACCUUCAGUGCGCGGCGUUCCAGUUCGAGUUUCACGAGGGCGGCGUGGACAACCCGAACCAUCCGGCGCUCCGCAGAGCGAUCAACCCUCGCGAGCAGAUGCGGCAGACAGCGAAGGCGGUCGGCCGCGACACCCUCCAGCGCAUCUACGAGGUCCUGCGGAUUCGGCGGCUCAUGGAGCAGGCCAACGUCAAGGCAACCAACGAACAGCUGGCGCAGUACUACGUGGAGAAGAUUAACAUGAGCACCGAGUCAGAGGCUGCGACAACCACAUUCAUUAACCAGACCUCGGUCGUCUACACGAACAUCCUCAGAGAUUCGAAGAACCUUGACAUCCUGCGUUCGCUGUCUGAAAAGUACGGUCACAACAACCCGCUGAACAGCGUCGCGAAGCUGAACGCUGUGCUGACGAAGUGUGAUAAGCAGCCCGCCAUGAUCACGUGGUGCUUGGAGAAGAUCCGCGAUGUCUGCAACAGCGGCAUGGCAGACGUUGGGGAGAUCUCAAAUCGCGCCUUGAAGGAUGGCAACGGUGGCAACAAAGGCUUGGUGGACCUCUUCAUUGCGAAGCGGCAGCUGCUGACGCACUUGCUCGGCACAGACAUCGACAAGCGUCUGCGGGGCCAUUGA